GAAGGUCAUCAUGUUGGGGGCGCCCAUCACGUCCACCACCCCCACGGUGGUGUUAGACUCUGACACCCCGGUGAAAAGAAAACCGGGGCGGCCCAAGAACUCUUCCUACCACGCUCUCUGUAAACAAGUCACUCAGACCAUAGCGCCGUCGGCGGUGGAUCCCGCCACGCCGCUGGCCUUCCCCUGGGGCGGCUUCCCCUCCAGGGGCGCCGGCCGUGAUGCAGAGGCACCCGCCGGGCACCCGACUCAGAACCAGAUCCAACCUGUCACUGAGGAGCCCAGGCCGCCACCCCCUCCCCCAUCAGAACGACCCUUGGCUGAGAACCAGAUCCAACCGGUCACUGAGGAGCCCAGGCCGCCACCCCCUCCCCCAUCAGAACGACCCUUGGCUGAGAACCAGAUCCAACCGGUCACUGAGGAGCCCAGGCCGCCACCCCCUCCCCCAUCAGAGCGACCCUUGGCUGAGAACCAGAUCCAACCGGUCACUAAGGAGCCCAGGCCGCCACCCCCUCCCCCAUCAGAUCAGCCCUUGGCUGAGAACCAGAUCCAACCGGUCACUGAGGAGCCCAGGCCGCCACCCCCCCCCCCCAUCAGAGCGGCAGACCCCACCCCCCUACUGGUGGGGUCGCAACUCCUCGAGGGUUAACCAGGUCAGGGACCAGAACCCCCUUCUGUACCAGAUCAUCCUGGAUAGUUUCUCUAGCAGUAGCAGUAACGCCGGAGACUCCUUAACCUCUGACCCCGAGCGUGAACAGCCCAGCUCGGACCCCAGAGGGACCCCGCCCUCCCCAGAGGCUCCGCCCCCGACCACCAGGACGGUGAAGGCCCUGGCAGACUCCUCCAGUCGGGGCCCGGAGGAGCGUCUGUGGGCCCCCAACAUCCAGGAGAACGAGCUGACCUCCACCGUGUCCGACCCCGCGCCCCCGGGGGACGUCUCCCCCGGUUUUCCCAUAGGAUUGUGGCCCCGGGUGUCCGAGGGCUCCCCUCCGUCCCCCCGGGCCGAGGGCCCCUCGGACCCCCGGGGGCACAAUCGGCCAGCGUACCCCGGCGUGCAGGAAGCGCCCCCCGCCGAUCCUCACGGAGCGGGCUGGGCGCAGACGGCCGGAGCUUCAGCCGAGGACCCGGCCGGUCCUGAGACCCCAGGAGGGGAGCUGGUGGCCCCACGGCCGCCGGGGGAGGGCGCCGGGCGGGCGGCGCCGGGCCCCUGCAGCCGGGCGGCGCCGGGCCCCUGCAGCCGGGCGGCGUCGGGCCCCUGCAGCCGGGCGGCGUCGGGCCCCUGCAGCCUGUGGCCGGUGGUGUCUCUGUACCGGCUGCCCCUGUCGGCGGGCGCUCCCGGCUGCCCGACUCCCCGCUACCGUCUCCACGCCGGAGACACGGAGCAGGAGAUGUUCCUGGAGGAGUUGAUGGACGACGACCUGCCCCGUGACGAGGAGCAGGACUCCUACCUCCAGCCUCUGUCAUCGCCCGGGUCCCCUGAGGGCCCCCCGGCCCCUGGGUCCCUGGCGCCCUGCGCGUGCUGCCACGCCCUGUCCUGCGACGCCGCCUGUAGCCGGUGUGAGCGCAGCUUCCACGGCGCCUGCCACGUCCCCCCCGGGGCCCUCUCCGGGCCGGAGUGGGUUUGCUCGCUGUGCCAGGACCUGUCGGACCCCAGAGACCCCUACGCCUCAGAGAGGCGCUACACACCCUGCCUGAGCCUGCUGGAGCAGCGGAAGUGUGAGUGCGUGCUGCUGUCCCUGCUGUGCCAGCUGGGAGACCCCACAGAGGCUCUGGCUCUGGUCCAGAAGCGGCUCUGUCACCUGAAGAACCCCCCCUACAGAACCUCCUUAGAGCUCAUCACCGACCUCCAGCUGGCUGUGGACCUCCACACCCCCUCAGAGGACGCAGAGCCCAGCCUGUGGGAGGGGCUCCAGCUGACUGCUCUGCUGGGCGUCGACCCCGACCCCUCCCUGAGGGACCCCCAGCAGCCAGCCAGCCCCCUCGGAGACCCGGGGCCCGGCCGGGACGCCGACCGGGAGGAGAGGGCGGCGCAUGGCAGGGGCCGCCCGACGAAGAGGUCAAGGGUCACGGGGAGGGACCUGAGGGCCAACGGCUCAAAGUCCGGCAAGAGGAGGAGGACGUAGAGGGGCACCUAGAGGACCUGGGGGCCCCUAGAGGACCAGGGGCCUCUAGAGGACCAGGGGCCACAGGAGGGUCUGGGGGCCCAUAGAGGACAUGGGGCCCCUGCAGGGGCCUGAGGACCAGGGGUCUGAGGACCAGGGGCCUGAGGACCAGGGGGUCUGAGGACCAGGGGGCCUGAGGACCAGGGGGUCUGAGGACCAGCCGGUACUACCUCGAUUGGACCGAUCUUUUGUUCCCUUGUCCCUGUGACUCCGAACUUGAACCCUGGUGCUGGGUGUGAGCGCUGGUCUGCUCUGUGAAGGACCCGUUCACACUCCUCCUGGCACCUCAGCUGAUUGUAUUUGUGCCGGCAUUCUAUUGUUUACGAUGGGCAGAGGACCUAGACCUGAGCCCAGAGAUCUGGGUGUGGGCGAAGUCCUGAAGUGGGUCAACGGUGGAUCCUGGUUUUGUUCGUCCGGCUAAACGCUCAGGGAACUGUUCCGUUAUCGACGACUGUUUUCAUACUAAUAAAUAUAUAUUUUCAGACCAAA